UGCACAGCGGAGCAUCCCACAUUCAACAGGAGGAACCCGCGGGAGAGGAGCCCGAGCCCCCCGCGCCGCAGCCGCCGCAGCCCGUGCGCCCCGCGCCCCCCGUGCGCCAUGGCCAAGGAAGGCGUGGAGAAGGCGGAGGAGACGGAGCAAAUGAUCGAGAAGGAGGCAGGCAAGGAGCCUGCGGAGGGCGGCGGCGGCGGCGGCUCUCACCGCCUCGGGGACGCCCAGGAGAUGCGCGCCGUGGUGCUGGCCGGCUUCGGGGGGCUCAACAAGCUGCGGGUCACCAGGAAGGCCAUGCCCGAGCCGCAGGACGGCGAGCUCAAGAUCCGCGUCAAAGCCUGUGGAUUGAACUUCAUUGACUUGAUGGUACGACAAGGGAACAUCGAUAACCCUCCUAAGACUCCCCUGGUGCCAGGAUUUGAGUGUUCUGGGAUCGUGGAAGCUCUGGGGGACAGCGUGAAAGGAUACGAGAUCGGGGACCGUGUCAUGGCAUUUGUCAAUUACAAUGCCUGGGCAGAGGUGGUCUGCACGCCAGUGGAAUUUGUCUACAAGAUCCCAGAUGACAUGAGCUUCUCAGAGGCUGCCGCAUUCCCCAUGAACUUCGUCACAGCCUAUAUGAUGCUCUUCGAAGUUGCCAACCUCCGAGAAGGAAUGUCCGUGCUGGUGCACUCAGCUGGCGGUGGUGUGGGUCAAGCUGUGGCUCAGCUGUGUUCCACUGUCCCCAAUGUGACUGUCUUUGGAACAGCUUCUACUUUCAAGCACGAAGCAAUCAAAGGCUCCAUGACCCACCUCUUUGACAGAAAUGCAGACUACGUGCAAGAAGUGAAAAGAAUCUCUGCGGAAGGAGUGGACAUUGUAUUGGACUGCCUCUGCGGGGACAACACUGGAAAAGGUCUCAGUCUUCUCAAACCACUGGGAACCUACAUUUUAUAUGGUUCAUCCAACAUGGUGACUGGAGAGACCAAGAGCUUCUUUAGCUUUGCCAAAUCGUGGUGGCAGGUCGAGAAGGUGAACCCCAUCAAGCUCUAUGAAGAGAACAAAGUCAUCGCGGGAUUUUCCCUUUUAAACCUGCUCUUCAAACAGGGCCGCGCGGGCCUCAUUCGAGGAGUAGUGGACAAACUCACUGAGCUCUACAACCAGAAGAAGAUCAAGCCCGUGGUCGACUCCCUUUGGGCCCUGGAGGAGGUGAAGGAGGCCAUGCAGCGGAUCCACGACCGAGGAAACAUCGGCAAGUUAAUUCUGGAUGUAGAGAAGACCCCGACUCCACUGAUGGCCAACGACAGCACAGAGACCAGCGAGGCGGGGGAGGAGGAGGAGGACCACGAGGGCGACAGCGAGAACAAGGAGCGGAUGCCCUUCAUCCAGUAGCCCAGGACCCUGGCAGGAGAACACGGAGGAUGAUUGGGAACAAGAGGAGCCGGUGGAGAAAGUUCUUCUGUGCCCCAGUGAACAAACGCUGUAGCCCACUGUGUGUUGUGUUUGUCUGCAGUCAGCUGAGCUAAAAAGCUGUUGAUCACUGUUGUUUUUGAAAUUAAGUGCCAAUCCCAUCCCACGCAGUAUUAAGUCCCUCCCCCACCUGUGUGUUACUCUCUCCCCUCUCCCCUCCUUCACAACCAUCCAUCUUUGGGUCCUUCUUGACAGUUCUUAGAACAGCCUUGCAACUUAAUACAAGCCCUCAGGCCCAGUGCCUACAAGACCAGACGUGGGCAAAGACAAGUUUCGACUGAAGGGUGUUAUCUUAAGAGCAGUGUCCAGAUCCUGGGAAGCUUCAGGCCAGUGACACUUUUUGCCUCCAGCCACCCAUGAUUCUGACAAGAGCGCUUGCCAAUGUGGCUGGCAGAAAGAGGGUAGGCUGGCGGGUGUUUUUAUGAGCCCAUACAUUUAGGAUCUCUCCAAACAAUCCUUUCCGUCUCCCCGUUCAAGAGGCAACUUCCUUACAUGCAUUGAGUUGUUUAAUGGGCCAGAGGUUGAACCACUCUCCUCUCAGCCUCUGAUGCUUGAUCCCUUCACUGGUUCUUAACCAUCAACACAGGAAAACAGACGUGGAGUUUUCAGGAUAGAGGAUGGGUCAACAGCAUGAGUUUGAGGACCAGCCACAGAGACUUCUCCUCUGAAACCAUGUCUCAUGAGCAAAAUCCUCCCCUCCCCCACCAUGUACAUUUUAUUUCAAUUGUAAGAAAACUCACCACGUGUGGGACUAUUUCAGAGGUCAUUACCGAGAUUUGCCUACAUUUGCACACCUGCCACGGGCAUUACCGAUUUUGCUAUUUCCAUUUCCUGGUAGUGAGCAGCUACCUUUACCAAGGAUCCCCCGGGGAAGACCUCCCUUGUAGACCAUAUUUGGGGAAAAAGAAAAUCAGUGAGUGUCUCUUUUCUUGCCAAAGCAUGUUCCGACAUGUAACAAACUCUAGCGAUACAAACGGUUGACGUUCAGUAUCUGAUGCCAAAAGUGCAGUUCCUCUCCUCUGAAAUAUAAAAUUACGGUGCAGACUCUUUGUAGGGCCCCUGCUUUUUGGUAAUCGGGGACCAAACUACUUGAUUGCACACCCUUGUCCGAUUUUCCAGCUCCUAAACUCCUAGGAAACCCCACACCCAGCCCCACCACACUUGACAUGCCUUGAGGCGAACCUUUCCCCUGACGGAUGAGGAAGAGUCUCAGUGUCUCCACAAGGGGGCUCCUCAUUCACUGCUCCUACUCCUGGCUCAAAGGGUGACUCCUUCAUUCACAAACCAAGCUGGAGACACAUGGAGCCCACACGAUUAGCACCCCCCCCCCCCCCGCCAAGUCACUUUGCUUUCUGGAAGACCUUGGAGGGCUCCCACCUUGCCCCACCUCUCCACCAGUGAGCCUUAGGGUCGACCCAACUCUUUCCCCAAAUGAUGGGAAUGAAUGCA